AUGGAAUUGAAGUUCAAAGUUCCGAACAUGAAUAUACCGCCGGCCGAAAUACUCGAAGAUGAAGACGUAAAUUGGUACAUAUCAAUUCAUAAGGAAACUGCCCUCUGCAUUAUGACUUUGGAAACCAGCCUGCCAAGUGUUGAAAUGGAGAGGGAUACAAAUUACGGCCAACAAUUGUUCACCGCAGCGGAAGAUCACCACACCGUACAGGACGACGAGCUCAAUCAUCAGCAAAGUGUCCCAAACAAUAAUGCAACGGAUUCUCCAAUUUUCGAUGUUGGGACUGCACCAUUAGAUGAGAUGUUCGACGAUCCCUUACACGGUACAAAUACUGAUAAUAUUGCUGACGUUGACGAAGAACUAUUAUCACAUUCCAAAAGUCCGGAUACAUGCGACUGGAUUUCCACUGUGAAUAUGCUGGAUCUUACCGAAAGGCAAAUAUUUUUUACUAAAAAAGAGUUGUACUCGAGAAUUCGUCUACUUGCUUUGCGAGAGAAGUUUCAAUUUCAGGUUAGCAGGUCAAGCCAAAAAAUGUUAACCGUUGUAUUCGCGGACGAUAAUUGUAAGUGGAUGUUACGUGAUUCGAGUGUCAAGCAGUCUGCCAUCUUCAUGAUCCGCAAAUUCAACAAUGUGCACACAUGUUUCGUAGAUUAUCGUCGUAAUGCACAUCGACAUGUCACUAGUUCUGUAAUUGCUGAGCACAUUAUGGGGAAAUUGGAUAAUACGUACGGAUCGUAUGAUCCUACCGCUAUUGCUCGUGACAUGGAACGUGAGUUUGGUACGGAAAUUAGUUACCAUCAAGCACGUAGGGGAAAGGUCGUUGCUUUACAUAUGCUACAUGGUACAUCGGGUGAUAGUUUUCAAAAACUUUCUUCAUACUGUCACGUCCUAGGAGAGAGUAACCCGGGGACAGUAACACACAUUGAAGUAGAUUCUCGUAACAGAUUUCACUACCUUUUUCUAGCUUUCGGUGCAAGCAUUCAGGGUUACCUGCACUACAUGAGGCCCGUUAUUUGUGUUGACGGCAGUCACUUGAAAGGUCCGUACAAAGGUACCCUGCUACUGGCAACUGCCCAAGACGCCAACAAACAGAUUUAUUCGUUAGCGUGGGGGAUUGUUGAUGCCGAAACGAUGGAUAUGGUUUUUAUCAAAUUUGAAAGAUCUUAUAGGUGA